UGGCGGCCGCUGCCCGCCCCUCCCCGCCUUCCCGGCGCCGAACCAACCGCCGGGCGGCAGAUGGCGGCUGAGGGCCUCCCCGCCCCGGCCGUGUCCGCGGGGGAAGCCGCUCCCCGAGCCUCGGAGUGGGGCCAUGGAGCGUGUGUUCACGCCGCUGGAUUGCCUCCUGCCCGCCGGAAACCUGAAGUUUUGCCUUCUGAUUCUGAACCAGCCUUUCAACAAAGGUCAUUUUCAUUGUCUGUGGAGCAAAGCUGCACUCAGAGCUUGUGUUGAUGGAGGUGCUAAUCAUCUAUAUCACAUCACAGAAGGAAGCCAGGAAAGUGUGAAGAAUCUUUUAGAAUCAGAAGAAAUUAUAAUAACAUUCUCGGAAAAGGACAGCUUGCAUUUUGGGACUCUUAUAGGGGUUUCUUCAUUUGGAGCUUCUUGCCUGAUUACAUCAGUGGUGACUUUGAUUCCAUUCAGCCUGAAGUCAAGGAGUACUACAAGGCCAAGCCUUUCUUUUGCAUCAUUAGCUUGUCAAGGAUGUGAGUUAAUAGAGACCAUGGAUCAAGAUUUCACAGACUUCACCAAGUGCCUUCAGAUUCUCCAGAAAAAGAUAGAGGAAAAGAGCCUGCAGAUCAAUAUCAUUGUGACUUUGGGUGGACUUGGAGGACGCUUUGACCAAAUAAUGGCAUCAGUGGAAACACUUUUUCAUGCAACAAAUAUCACUCCUUUUCCAGUGAUAGUUAUCCAGGAGUGCUCGCUGAUUUACCUACUUCAACCUGGCAAACACAAGCUACGAGUAGACACGGGACUGGAAGGUGCCUGGUGCGGCCUCAUCCCUGUUGGGAACCCCUGUGACAGUGUCACCACCACUGGCCUCAAGUGGAACCUCACUAACCAGGUGCUGAAGUUUGGAACACUCGUCAGUACUUCCAAUACCUACGACAACUCUGGGAUUGUGACCAUUGAGACAGACAAGCCUUUGCUGUGGACGAUGGCUAUCAAAACAUAAGAUGAACUACAUCUGCCUUUUCUGAUCCAACUCACAUUUCUCCAAAAUUUCAAAUUUCUCUGAAUCAAGACAAUAAAACUGUUCCUACAGGAAUAAGCAUGCACUGAUUUUAUGUACUGAAUGGAAAACAGGCCUGAAAUAGAAGUCAUGACCAAAUCAAAAUGAUUAACAACUGAGUACUUCAUUCCAGUACCUCACUACUUGAUCAGAAGACAUUCUGCCAUCCCAUAUGACUGCAAUCAGAACCGGAUGCAAAGAACUGCUGUUUUGAUGGUUUGGAUAUUUUUACAGUGUAUUUUAUCCCAAUAUUAAACUAUUUUCCCCCCAUUACCAAAAGGAAAUACAGUAAACAAACUUCGUUAUGAAAAAGUGAUAGCAUGAAAUGUAAAUUUCAAAUGUUUCUCUUUCCCUAUUUCUAAUAGGUGCUGGUGAAGAUUACUGAAUAAGAGUGAUAGUUGAAACUUCCUACUUGUAAGGCAUGUCCACUGAAGCAGCUUUGGUUUUGCUGCAAUACCAAUAUUGGAUUUCACAAUAUUAACUGAUUUUAAAAAUCUGUAACACACAGUAGCACUGUAACUUCUACAAUUACCAAAUAUUUACAGCAAGGUUUUUGGAGUGAAAUACAUGUUUCUUGCUCUCAAUAUGAAGUGCAUUGCAUCUACCAAUUUCCGCAGGCUUAGUUUUUAAAUCAGAGUAUUCAGUCAUUUAAUAAGUGAAAUCAGUUGGUCAAUACAUGCAGAGGCCUUUACAAUUUUAUGUGUAGUUGUCUGACAGAACCAGUAUCCAAAACCAAUCAGUAAGGAUAUACAUCCUGUCCAGCAGUCUGAACAACUCUGUGGUUGAAUGUCUCAAAGACUGCUUAGUAUCUCUGAAAACUAAAUUAAACUCCAACUGCACAUCCUCGUAACCAAGUUUUGCUUCCUUAAUUCUGCCAUCAGCAUAGUGUCAGCAACGCAAGUGUGUUUUUUGAUGGAUUUUUUUCCAGUCAAGUACGUAAUACAGCCUAAUAGGAAUUCCAAAUGCAGAAAGAAUUAGGGGUAAUGAUAGUGAUUCUAGAAAGUAAUGACAACAAUUCCAGCUGAUAGACUUUUGAGUCACCACUUGAGAGGUUACAGUAAUGAUGUUUUCCACUGCCUACUUUUGCUGAACAAUAGUGUCUACUGAAAGACAAAUUAAGCAUUCAAACAGCUUCUGAAGACAAGCUGUACAAUUUCCACCCUUGGAGUUUUUCAAGACACAACAGGACAAAGCCCUGUGCAACCUCAUCAGAAUGCAGCACUGACCCAGCUUUAAGCAGGAGGUUGGACUAGGGGUGUUUCAAGGUUCCUUCCUACUUGAAUUAUUCAUUCAACUGUAACAAUAAAUGUUGUGUUGUUUUAUUUUUUU